AUUCCCAAUCCAGUAGGUGGCAGGAAAGGCGUCUCCAGGUUCAGUGCGCAGUUCAGUCUGAUGAAGAAGAGAAAUCUAGGCGUCCCCCCUUCUGUGUGUGCUGGCUAACACGACGCAAGCUUUGUCUUUUCCACAUCUUUUCCUGGCCUCAGAGCUAUCAACCCACCGCUGACCACUAAAGACACCAGUCAUGGCUGCCGAGCCCAACUACCGCCGGACAAAGCCAGGUGUUAGAACAGCUAACCUUGCUAGUUCAAAUGGAGCUGUUGGACCCUCAUCACAGAUUCCAGGUUUAUCUGCGAAUGCCGACAUCACUCCUGAAGAAAAAACUAAAGGAGGAAGACGCGUAGGCGUUCAGGCCUCCGACUCGGAUUAUGUUAAACUGGCAAAACAAGGAGGACAGAGGGGUUUGCUGAGUCAUGAUGACCCUGUGGAAACUAAACCUAACAGUUCCUACAAACCCUCUAACUGGUUCUCUGGCGCACCUGAUGAUCAAGAGAGCAGCAGUGAAGCAACUACCCCUGAUGGAAACGGCAAGUCUAAAGUUGUCUUACAGCACCUGGAUCCCCCUUUUGGAACUGAUAACUGUUCAGCCUGGGAUUCUGGUAAAAAGAAUGUAAACCAAGCUGCAUCGGAGAUGCAGAAGCUCUCCCUUAGCCAAAAAGAGAUUGGGGAAGCCAACAAGUUCAAAAAGAUAUCCCAUGAUAAGAAGGGGGCAGCUCCAGUGAACAUGUCCAAACUUUUAGGUUUUGGUUAUAACGAGGAAGAGAAUAAAACUCUCAUUGAUGAUGAUGCUUCAAGCAUUACCUCUGAGCAGACCAGCACCAUGGCACCAGAGGAUCAACUGGAAUAAAACUGAUGUCCCCUAAAACCCUUCUUCAUGAAUUGUUGCUCUCUCGUAACCACUAGCUUUGCAUCAGCCACCCACUCUCUGCUUUAUGCAAAAACACUUUUUAGUCAUCUGAUUGUUUUCAUUUUGCAUUUUUAUCUAAAUGACUAGUCUGCGUGAUGCUCACAUAUCUAUGGUGCUUGUGAUCAAGAUAACUAUACUGCAAGAAGGAAGGAAUAUUUGUAAGUCCCUAAAUGAAAACUACAGGGUAUAUGCACCACAAAAUACAUCUUAGGUGCAUGGAGCAUUGAUACCAAGGAGCUGAUUUUCAUACUAUUCAUUCUUCACUUGCACAUUAGUGAUCAUGGCGCAAUGAUGUGCCAAAAACUUUAAGAAAACUAAAGAUAGCAUACACAUAGCCAGAUAGGAUAUAACUAUGCCACGUUAAACAGCUGUUUCUCACCUCAAACUGUCAAUGGAUAUGACAAAAUGUGUAAGCUGCAAACUUUUACUACACUUUGCAUGGCUGUUGUAAACAUUACAGUAAGUCUCUGGUUUGAACACUUUUGAGUGUUCUUACGGCCCAGUAGUUAGCUAGUUGAGUGCACGAUGAGCACACAAGAAGGUAACCUUAUAAUAAAUGAUUAUAUGAAGUGAGGAGGUGCCAUUGGUAAGGAUUUGAGAAGAGGAAGAGGGUUCAGGGAGUUUGCGAUGGUGAAUGUUGUUGUUAGUAUUGAUGUGAUAGUAAAUAAUAAUCAGCGAUUCAGUUGUUCUGGUGUUCUACGCUGUAUAAUUUAAUGUUUCUUCCUUCUGAAAACAAUGUUUACACUUGCUGUCAGUUAAUAUCUAUAAAUGAUGACUAAAUAAAUUUGCAUGUGCAUAAAA